AUGAUGGAUCGCAACUGCGUGAGCAUCGGCAACUGUCUGUUCCCCGACCUGCGCUGGCGCUGCGAUGUGACGUGCACUGCUCUGAGCGGCGACGGAAGCUUUUUGGCCUCAGGCACUCGGCAGGGCUAUGUCGUUUUGUGGAAGGUCCGGCGGCGGCGCCAACCACGCCGCCGCUGCCCGCUGUCCAUCCGGCGGUUCAAGGAGGCGUAUGAGAGCACUGCGGACGUGUCACUGGACCCGUACUUUUUGCUGGUCGCGAGCAACAACCCUAUCGCAUUCCCCGUGGUGCAGGUGGCGUUUGCCAGCGGUUCGCGCCCGCUGUCGUCGCUGCAUCACUCGUCGCACCGCGUGAUCAGCAGCUACUGCGGCGUGGAGAAGGCCGAGGAGGUGCUAGUGUCGCUUCACAGGGACAACAGCAUCGCCAUUUGGUCGCUGGUGGACUGCCGUUGUUUGAACAAGGUGAAGGGGCCCCCGUUCGCCAUCAAGCGGAUGUGCGUGCUGCCGGACGACCGUUUCGUGGCUCUGGUCGGGCGCACGAAGAUCAACGUGAUAGAUCUGUGGCGCAUAAAGUUGAUUGGGAUGCUGGAUUUGGAUGGAUCGUGCUACUUCGACAAGGUCACUUAUCCAAGCCGCGCGCACGAGUCCGCUGCUGGCGAGGCGGCAUGCAGCUACCUGGCCAUGGACACCUCCAACGCCGACAAGUUCAGUAUGUCGCCGCGUUCGGCCCACAACCAACCCGUGUACACUAAGCCCCGCCGCAUUCUGCGGGCGCAAUCCGGCCUUGUCCCUUCAGACUGUCCGUUUGCGCUGGAUGACGUGACCGCUGAUCUGCGCCACGGGCCGGGCCCCGGCGACCGAGCUGAUCAAAUCACGCUCAUUUCGCCCAUACUGCUCUCCGCGUUGCUAGACAACCAGGAGCUUGUGGUGUGGGACCUAACGGAGCCCAUCAUGAAUUACAAGCAGAAGCAUGGCGUGGCCGGCGGCCCCAUCGCGGUUGUCACCCGUUGGGACAGGCAAAACGAGCAGUUCAUUAACCUUCACAGGCGCCCCCACCACGUGCAUCGCGGCAUAUUCCGGGGCCGCCACUCGCCAACGAAGGCGGGCGCGUCCAGCAAAGGCGUGGUGUCGAAGAAUGGCGGUGUGGAGGCUGAUGCUGAGUUUCCCACGUUGCGCGAGUGGAUUCCGGAGCUCAAAGACGCGGCAAGCGAUCUGGUCACGGUGGACCGCUACGUGUUCUUGAUGUUGGACGUGCGCAUUCUGGUUUGGUACUACGACACCGACGGCUCGCUGACUCGCGUGGCCGAGUUGCUAAGCCUUGGAGCCGACGGCGUGUCUAUCGAGUCUCCGUGGCGCGGGUUCGAAUGCGUGCGAGUGUCCCAAGACCUCACGCUGUUGGCGGCAUGGGUGGACAGCGGCCGGGUGUCGAUUUUCUCCGUCCCCGACGUCUACUCACCCAGCAAACCGUUCCAGCUAGUGGCCAACCACCAGCUCCCUGCCUUCAUCACGCCUUCACGUUCGGACGAGUGUAUCCACGUGCACGCCAGUCUGGGUUCGCGUCAUCACGAUGACUUGGACUUCUCCAAGAACGCAAGCUCCUCGCUUCGGUUUCGCCUGUUUCGGCGGACAUCCGCUGGCGACAUCUGCAUAGGGAUGCCUCGCCACAAGUCGUGGUUGCGCAUUUGCACGUCUUCGCUACUCUCCGACUGUUUCUCCAGGCAUGCUGACGGCGUUGUGAGCUCGGCUCUUUUCCACGACGGCGAUUUCCUGCAACGCGUGGACAUGCUGCGCUGCGGGUCCUUGUCCUGCACCAACGUUGCGAGGGGCGUCACGCGUGAGCUCGGAUCCUGCCGUGCCAUCGAGGAAUGCAUGCUGAUGAUGUCUGGCGGGUACCGAUUGAGGCCCGUGGCGUUGCCUGGAUCCAAGGUGAUGGAGUGGUUAGCUGCGUCCCCGUCGGCAAACUCGGCAUCGGCAUCGCACCAUACAGGGCGCACUCUGCUGCACUGCCUCGGGUCCAGCUACCUGGUGGCUUGCACUGGGGCGUCUUGCAUGAUGGUCUACUCGCUCACUUCGUUCGAGUUGAGCGCGGUCUUGUGUGACUUCCACCGCGCUCCCGUGACUGCCGUGCAUAGCGUGUUCUCCAUUGCGUUCUACGGGCCGAAAAACACCGAUGCGGUGCUGAACGAGAUUGAAGACACGUACUUGAGCGUUGACAGAGAUGGGUUCUUGGUGCUGGUGCAGCUGCCGGUGUUGUUGAACGAGCUGUCGGAGGAUAGCCUCCGCCCCGCCAUCGACGAGAGGGACAUUUACUCAGAUGCGAGCAUUUCAGACGAUGAUGAGCCCCAAUGUUCGUCGCGGGGGUCGUUCGAGCACUACGUCUCGUUGUCGUCCGAGCGCCGUGGCAUCCAGCGAAUGCAGCGCAGCGUCGAGCUGCUGGAGUUCCCCAUUGAGCGUGUCGCGCUGAACCGGGAUACGGAGACGUUAUACGUGCUCACUAAUCGCAAAAUACUGCUGUGGCGCAUAACCGACGGCCGGUUUCUGCGUUCCCUGCCGUACCUGGCGACCUAUCGCCAGGCCGUCUGGGUGUCAAGCGGCACCACCGCCGAGUUGGACCGGAAGCAGCCGGGCAUCACCCUCGCCAGCACGCUGACAUCGUUCCUGACGACCGAAUGGACCUCAGCGACCGCAAGCCCACACACGGAGGAGCACCAUAGGCUUUAUCUUGAGCACCGACAACCUCACGAUUUGUUGGCUCCGUGCGUUUUCCAGGAGAAGUGCUUCAAGAAGCGGGUGUCAAUGUCGCUGCACAUGUCCUUCUUGCGCAUGGAAUUCUGCGUGUCUCCGUCGUCAGACUCUGACGUUGGUCGCGAAGCUCCGGAAGACGUGUAUAAAAGGUCGUCCAACAAGCAUCCGUCGAGAUUUUGCGCAAAGAUGCUUCGUCAGCAUGGCCAACCACGGCACAUGCACAACUUGUGGAGGGUAACGAUCCGCCGUCGGCGUGGGCAUGUCCAUUCCGGUUUCCGCGCAGCCUGCAGCCGCUUCUGCCGUUCUUCUUCGCACGAGGCCAACCCUAGGACCGUUCCUACGGUAUCCCAUUCGGUUCCGCUGGUGUUGUUCCCUCUUCAGAAAGUCUUGUCGCACCUGAGCGGCAGCGGCGGCUCACUCAUGCCGAAGUUGAAGGAUGACGGCGCCGUGUGCUACUUGGGCAUACCGCCCGGCACCGUUUCCAUUCCGCUGCGCUAUCGCAAAACGAAGCCGGAUGAUUCGCAGCCCCAUGUCCACCGCAACUUGUCCGUCACUACCUAUUUUGCGAACGACUACCUGCACAAGGAGACCAGGUGGCCCGGCAUCCGCCGCAGCUUCACGUUCCCCUGCAUGUUCGACGAGCGCAAGAUCGCCGCGCCGCUGCGCCGGUUUUCGGCCAGCAAGUGCAACAGGUACUACUCGACCUGCAUGUACAUCAGGGACCUGGUUGUUGGCUUCCACGCGAAUUCGAAGGGUGGCUCCUACUGGGAGGGCUCGUCUGACGCCUGGCUGCUGCUGCACCUGCUUGUGUUGUGCACUUGCAAAACGGGAUACGCCUUGCUUUCGAACUCGGUGUUGGGCAGCCUGAGGCAGCUGUCGUGCGACGACCUCUACUUCCACGUGUGCCGCGCCUUGUCGGCGCUGCGUUGCUUCCACACCAAGAGUGGGUCGCGCGUGCCGUUUCCGGAGAUGCGGGUCUGCCGCUGCCACGCGACAACGUUCAGCUUCGGCCGGCGCUGCGGGUUCUGUCUGCAGCCUGCGCACUUCGUGGAUGUGGGCUACGCGUCUGAGCUGGCGCCGCCACCCCCGUGGCAGGAAGACGCGUCGCUGCUCCUCCUGGUGAUGAUCACAACCGACAAGCGUUUGUCCGCGCUGUGCAACUACGUUUGCGCUGGUGACAAGAUCCAGACGUUCGCGGAUUACGUGUCGCAGCUGAUGUUCCGCCACAUGCUGCCCGUCGAGGAGGCCCCUCGUGCCAGCGGGGACUACCCGCCUGAGGACCGCAUCUUCGACCCGCGCGCGUACUGCCUCGAGAUGUUCGCCAGCGGGUUCGCGUCGGUGUGGACCCUGAAGUCGUUGGACAGCUCGCGCAUCUUGCCGGCGUCCUUCGGCAAGAAUCGCGUGCACGCGCUGGCGCGGUCGCUGUACCAGUCGUCGGACGGCAAGCAUCUCUCGUCUGCGCAGUUCGUGAUGAGCGCGCUGUCGCUGUACCGUUCCAGCAGGAGCGAGCACUGGCUCUCCAUUCUGCGGAGGUGCUACUUACUGGAUACGAGCCUGAUGAUCCGCAUCAUACGGUGGAUUGUGCGCGAGCGACGCGUGGACAAGUGGUACAUCGAGACCUCCGUGAAACUGCUGCUGGAGUUCGUGACCGAAAAUCGUGACCGCGUGGUCGAGCAUCUUCCCGACGUCGUGGUGAUCGUGGUGCGUUGCCUCGACCCGUCUGACAGCAGCGUUCGCAUGCUGAUGCUGAAAUCGGCCACGUCGGCGCUGUUCCAACUGGUGAAGAAUUUCCCGAUGGCGGCCUUCUACCAGGACACUCAGAGGUUCGCAGUCGGUUCCGUGAGCGGCCACGUGGUGAUCUACGACCUGCGCACCGCCACCAAGUGCCGGAUCCUGGGCGGCGACAUAAAGGGGGUGGCGUCGCUCGCCUUCAGCUCGACCGGCGACUACAUCGCCGCGUACUACAGGGACCCACCGUGCUUGGUGAUCUGGAACUGUUCGUCGUCUGGCCUCUUGGGCACUCUGCUGCACAGCGGCAAGCGUGACCAAAAGGUGAUUAAGCUCAAACGGGUGGAGGCCAACCCGUCUACCACGGCCAUGGUGGGUUUUGCGCGGUUCGGUGUUACAUGCUAG